CGGCUGGCAAGAUGGCGGGGACUGCGGCCGGUGUGGGCCGGCUAGAAGAAGAGGCGCUGCGGCGAAAGGAAAGGCUGAAGGCCCUACGGGAGAAAACUGGACGCAAGGUGAAAAAUAUUGAACAUACCAUGGACUGCCAGAAGAAUGAAUAAAUCUGCCUUGGAAGAAGUACAGCCAGAAUGUUCCCUAGAAGCGAGAAUGGCAAGACUUUGUCUCAGGCACUUUGGACAUGCUUUCAGGAGGGUGCAGUCGAGAAGGACAUCAUGCUUGGUAAAGCAGACGGACAAGGAAGAUGGGGAGCCAAAGACCAAGCAGCUCAGAGAAGAGGAGGAGGAAGGCGAGAAGCACAGGGAGCUCAGGCUGCGGAACUAUGUCCCAGAGGAUGAGGACCUGAAGAAGAGGAGGGUGCCCCAGGCCAAACCAGUCGCAGUGGAAGAGAAGGUGAAGGAGCAGCUGGAGGCCGCCAAGCCAGAGCCUAUCAUUGAGGAAGUGGACCUGGCCAACCUUGCCCCGCGGAAGCCUGAUUGGGACCUCAAGAGAGAUGUGGCCAAGAAGCUGGAGAAGCUAGAAAAGCGGACGCAGAGAGCCAUUGCUGAGCUGAUCCGUGAGAGACUGAAAGGCCAGGAGGACAGCCUGGCUUCUGCAGUGGAUGCCACUGCUGAACCGGAGGCCUGUGACUCCGACUGAGGUGUGCCCUGUGCCCUGACCUGCCUGUCAGACCUGCCCUGUAGGUAGGCAGGGGUGGGCUGGGCUUGCCAUCACCUCUGGAUUGACUUCAGAACAGUGACUCCCUGCCUCAUCAGGUCUGAAACCCCCCAUGGGGUGAGGUCAGCUCCCUGCCUUCUGGGUGGUCCCCACCACUCUGAGCAGGGGUGGAGCCAGCAGUGACUCUGGCUGUGCCUGUGUAUAUAUACAUAUGUAUGUAUUUCAAACUUUUUUUUGUAUCUGGAAAUAGAGACAAGCAAACCCCUGUGUAUAGCAGAAACCUAUCCAAUUUUUCCUGGGCCCUGGGAUUGCUGUGGGUUUGGGUCCCAAGACAGGACAGAAAAUGAAAGAAAAAAAAAAAAACCCAUUGCUAUUGAGUUGAUUCUGACUCAUAGCGACCCUAUAGGACAGAAUAGAACUGCCCCAUAGGGUUUCCAAGGAGCAGCUGGUGAAUUCAAACUACCUGCCUUUUGGUUAGCAGCUGAAUGCUUAACCACUGAGCCACCAGGGCUCCAGCCAGGGCAGAGGCAGCGCUUAAUACAAGUAAGCCCUCUCUUGGGCAGGGCAUGUUGAGGCUGGAGGAGUAAGGAACACCCUGGGCUGACUUGAGUCCAGGUCCUGGCUGGUCCUUGGUCAGCAGUGGUGAUCUCAAAACCCUUGGAUGACUGAUACAGUCUGGCCUAGGCCUUGCAGUGGUCUGUGGGACAGCCUGGAGAUGUUCCUGCUCUGUUCCCCUGUGAAGCCUCUCAUAGUGAGGAGGAAAAGGAAGAGGCAGGGCCUGUGAAAGGUAUGCUCUGUGCCCUGGCAGGCUUCAACUCCACGCUGCUCCAGAUUUGAGGCCUGUUACGCUGUCCCUUUCCUACCCUGUCCACUCCCAAGCAGCUUCUCUCCGUAUUUCAGCCAGUCAGAUGGUGGCUUCCCUGGGACAGAGCCCCAUACAGGGAGAGGUGACACAUUCUGGUACAAACUGGGGUGUUGUCUGGGUUUCAGCUGUGGUCUUCGUUCCUGGGUCCCCAAGGUUGUGGCUUUAGGCCCAGUAGCCCCCUUUGUGGAGCUGACUCUCCAGGGCAACUGACAGCCCACAUCAUCUCUGGCUCUAGGUUUCUGUAAUCAUUUGGAAUUUCAUCUCCUCCAGGAUGGUUACAUGCUUCCAUUUCAUUCAGGGUUCCCUUUGAGCCUCCUGCCCUUGCCACCACCCCCCGCCCCCCGCCCCCCGACCAGCCUCUUCAUAAGCAAAACCUCUGUGUGAAGUGCUUCAGAAGGGCAUGUACUUCAUCCCCAUUUCCACAGUUUUCACCAUCGGUCACUGUCCAGCUUUGUGAGUAAAGUGUGUGGUACCCAGAAAGCCUUCAGGCACAGACCUGUACAUUCUAUCCCAGUGAGUCCAGAGAUGAAGUGAGCUCAUCAUCUGGGCCGUUUGGGGUGGGAAGGGGUGACUGUGGAGCUGAGGGAGUACCCAAGUCCUCUGUCCACCAAGUCAUCCCAUAUGCCCUUCCCUCUGUGCUGUAUUCCAGGUACACAGUGGCCCAGCUCUCGUGGACAGUGCUGAGAACUUGGGUCAGGGAGGUGGAGUGAGUGCAUGCACAGAGACCAACAUCCUCACACAGUCAAUAAAAUGCUUUAUUAUUUAGCUACUUCCAAAAGGUGAUUCCUUUGUAGAAAAGGAGCAGAAACUUGUAGCUACGAGUGAGGUCUGAAGUGGAAGGUGGCUGGCCACUGCAGCAAGCAAUGGGACAAAGCCAGGACUCUAACUCCCACAAGGGACAAGGACCAAGCAAGCUCACAGUUGUCAGGACUGGAGCCAGGCUGCCCCUGCACAGCUGAGGUCUGCACCUGGGAUUGAGUAAACAAAGGAGAGAUGCAGACACCUGGUGACUGACAGCUGGGCUUCCAUUUAAUACUAGCUCUAGGACUAGAGUAGGCUUAUUCCUAUAGUGUGAGAUCUCAGAGAACAAUGAGUGGCCUGCUUUUGAGUUUAAAACCCUAAGUGCCCUAAAACUUUCCUACAGACCAAAAAAAAAAAAAAAACAAA